AUGCCACCGUAUAGAAUGGACAGAAGGUCUGCUAGAAUAAAAGCAGAGUUAGAAAGAUAUGGUUGGAGAGUUUCAAAGAAGUUUAAAUAUAGGAAGGGAAGACCCAUAAAAGUCUAUGACAAAUUGUCUGGUCUUCGCUACGAAAUGGAUUUGGAAACAGCACGUGCCAAUUAUCCAAACAGACUAGAGAGGUUAGAAGAAGAACGUCUUAUGGACAUGCCUUUCAAUGUUAGUGAGCCACAGGUUGAGGGACACGACGGCUUUGCCAGAUUCUACUGGAAACAUGACGAACAAUUGCAUCCUUUGAGAAGGAAAAAAGGAAAGGGUGAAGACGCACAUGCUCCCAUGGAAAGAACAAGAUAUGCAUAUGAGAAGUAUCGUGAAGUUAGAAGUCAAAUUACAUCUGGUCGAACCUUUACAGUAAACUUUGACGAAGGAAAGAACAAAGAAGGCUUCAUGGGAGUACUUGCUGCCAUUCAAGAUGGAAAUAAGAAAGGAUACAAUCUCAGACUAACUAUAACAGAUUUGGACGGUCAUAUAUACUAUGCACAUGGCAAUGUCACAACAGCCGCACAACUUCUUGACGCUUUCAAGACUACAAAGAGAGAACAAAUGUUUGACUCCGACUCAGAUAUUUUGAAUGCAAUUGAAGGAAUUGCAAGUGUCAAGUUCGAAUGGUACCAACCUAACCCUCAAGCAGUCAGACAACUUGUUUGUUAG